AUGAAAAUUAAAAAUACAAAUGUAAAAGAUCAAACCAAGAAUAUAGUAAUAGAACAAAAAGUAACAGAUGUAUCUAAAUCAGUUAUUAUAGCUGGUUUAUCAGUUUCAAGAAGCUAUAUGUCAUCGAUGUUUGGUCAUCAUUACUUUGUGUUAUCUGGUGGUAAUGUUUGGUGUGAUACACCAGAUUCCAUUGUAAAGUUAAAGUCAUUGAUUCCAAUCAAUCUCAAUGAUCUAUCAAAGGUAUAUCAGAGUGCAUUGCUCAGUGGUGACAGAUCAACAUGGGAGAUUCCAGUGUUUUCAUUCCUUCUUCAACCGAUCUGUCAGAAACUAGGUGGUCAAGCUCAAUCACAGAAAUUGAUCGCUUCCGACAUUCAAUUUAUCAGUGGUAUCACAGAUCUAUUCAAUCAUUACACUUCAAGUGGUGCUGUAUUCGAUUCCACUGAAUUGAAUGAUGAUUUCGAUGAUCUCACCAAACUAUUAUUGAGUGUCGGUUCCAACAAACAAGAGAUUCAGUCUUUACUUUCACUUAACGUGGAACAGAAUAAACAUUCUGAAAAGAAAUCAUCGAUAUUGAAGAAGAACAUCAAAGAACAAAUGAAUAAUCACAAUUAUUUAGAAGCAAUCAAGCUGGCAAACGAAGGUACCAAUAUCUAUGGAUUAUCAGUUGAUACUCUUGCCAAAUUCUAUUUCUAUGCUGGAUAUUCACAAGAGAUGCAACGUUUCAAGACACAAAGCAAUGCACCACGUGAUGAUGUUUUGUUGAAUCUCAGUCGAAUGAAAUCAAUCAAACCAAAUUGGAAAUGUACACUAUUCCUGACCGCAGUCAUUCUUCACAACGAUGAAAAGCUUGAAGAAGCCAGAAAGUCGAUAGAGAUGUGUUUAUCGAUGAGUCCACAGUACAGGCGAGCAAGAAGUCAAUACGAAAUGAUUAAGUUCGAUGUCGAUUUUGGACAUACAUAUUCAGACGAAGAUGAUGUAACGGAUCCUAUUCAAUUCGCUAUGAUGAUGAGAAACAAAGAUCCGAAUCUAGUAAAAGGAUUCACCUAUUACUAUGGAGUGAAUACAAAGAAAGAUUACAUCAAAGCAUUGGAGUAUUUCCAAAAGUUUCCAAACAGCGGUGAUAUGGUGAUGUACUGUGGAAUGAUCUAUCAAUUCCGAACUGCCUACCGUGAUUUCAAGAAGGCAUUCGAGUGUUUCAAACGUGCCAACGAUCUUGGCCAUGCAGAGGGACCAGUCUAUAUAUCGACUUGCUAUCUUUAUGGAUAUGGUGUGCCACUGGAUCAUAAACAAGCGAUCGUCUAUCUUGAGCAGGCAGUUCGUCUCGGUCAUUCCGAGUCGAUGAACGUCCUCGCCGGUCCACCACAACCAAAGAAAUCAGCGCAACUCUUCCUGCGUGCCGCUUCACUUAGACCCGAGCCAAAUCCACUGGCAAUGUAUAAUUUGGCAGGUCUCUACCUGAAUGGAUUCGGUAUCGACAAGGAUUUGGAUGCCGCCAAUAUGUGGUUGAAACGUGCAAUGCAAUAUGGCGUCGACGACAGCAAGAAUCUAAAGGGAAAGAUACAGGCUGCGCGAGCAUCGACCAAUCUUCCACCGCAAUUCAGAAACAUCUUUCAGAACAUGAGUAACGAUACCAGCAAAGAAGUACCGAGGGAGACAAAGUUGGUUAGUAUCGAUCAAAUGGAGAGCUACGUCAGUAAGUCAAAGGUGGCGGCAAUGAUGCUCAAUGGAAGGAAGCUAUAUAGAGAAGCGGCGGCAAUGAUAAUGGCUGGCAAAUCGAAACCAAAAGAUAUCAUAUCAAAGAUUUCAAAGAGUUAUCAAAUGCAUGAAAUCAUGGUUGAUGAUGAUGUACUAAGAGAGAUAUUCCUACCGACUCUCAACCAAUAUCUAAAGGACAAUCCAAUGGAUUUGGACGCAAGAUAUUGCCUUAUCUAUCUGAAAUACAUGAACGAUUUCAAAUUAAUUUUAAGUUAUACUCAACAAACUUUAAAAGAUUUCCCAAAUUCUCAUUUAAUUUGGAAUUUAGCAAGUUUUAUUUUUGGAAAAGGUGGAAAAUGGAAUGAUGCAAUUGGAUGUAAUUUGAAAGCAAGAGAAUUAAUGGCAAAUGAAAAGAUAGAGAUUCAACCAUCUAUGCAUUUUUACGUUGGUUUUUACAAGAUUGAAAAGCAAAGAGAAACGAUUCCAUAUGGUACACCUCUCAAGAAUAUGGAUGAAUUGACAGAUAUCUUUGAAUUCCAACGAAUUUGUGAGAAGGAUGAUAUUCUCAGACCAAGAUCAUAUUAUGAACUAUCGAGUUAUAUGCUAUUCAGAAAUGAUAUGGAUCAAGCAUAUAAAUACUAUCGAAUGGGAAAGGAAUCAGAGAAAGAUCAACUUCCAUGUUUCCUUCCUUACAACGAUAACAAACCGGAACUAUCGAUGUUCGACGCUUACGAAGAUCCAGAAUCUACCAAACUUUCCAACUCCAUUCCACUCGUCAACUCCGAUAAGAAUGACAAUAAUAACAAUGAAUUGGACAAGAAAACUGAUUCCAUUAUCUUUGAUAAUGAUCAGAGAAUUAGAUUGACAACGCAUCUCAGAGUUUGUUUCGCCAAUUAUUCAUCAGACAAAAACAACAACAAUAACAAUGUAAAUCAAUCGAUUACGAUCAAACAAGUUCAAAAUAACUUGAUUAGUAAAUACAGAGAGAUUACAACCCGAGAAUUUAAGAUCAAGAGUGAAUGUGUAUUUAGAGGUAGUUUCAUUAGAGGAAUCAUCAUUGAACGACCAUUCAGAAAUAACAAGGCAACACAUUUCUUGAUGGUCGAUUUCCAUGGCUCUGUUAUCAAUGUUGGUAUCUAUGAUGAUACCAUCAAUAACCAAGCAACUGUCGAUCGAUUAUUUUUUGUUGGUCAGAACAUAUUCAUUGUCAAUCCAUAUCAUCGAAUUGGUACAAUUGGUAUCGAUAGAGUUUCAAUGAUCAGAGUCGAUCAACUAUCAGAGUUAUACACCAACAACAUUUCUAAACCAAAUGAAUACUGUAAUGUUUGUCUCAAAAAGAUUGAAUCUAAACCAAUCAAAUGUUCAAAAUGUAACUUUGCCAUCUAUUGUUCGCAAGAAUGUCAAACACUUGACAAUGCAUUACAACAUAAAUCAAUUUGUUUUUAA